CUUUCAUCAGUACUCGUAUCAACUACUAUCAAGACUUUAUAAUUCAUGCAUAUCGUAUGUCAAGGUGGUUUGUCGCGGAUGAAAGAUUCUUUUGCACGCUUACAGAUUCUACGGUACAACACAAGACACUACUGUUAGUGAAGUUAUGAAAUAUGUAUGAGCCUGGAAUACGAUCUCCUUGAAAAGUCAGGAGUUGCCCAAUGACUACACGUAAUUGUACACGGGUCGGACUCAUCUGGAAGUGAAACUUAAAAGAUGGAAAUAAACGAAGCUCUUCGCAGCAGCACGAACGAUUUGGUGUCGUCGGGUUUCGACUCUGGCAGCCGGAACACGAGUGACGUCAAUGGAUUUGACUAUCAGCCCUUUGACAAUACCGAUGAUGAUAACUUCCACACGGUAUUUAACGCCACCGCCAGCAAAGCUAAACCAGCCGCUGGCGGACUGACCAGCGGACCGCGACACCGAAAACCCUUUGGAAAAAACGAUAACCGUAAUUUUCAAAACGGCUCCAAUGGCGGCUUCCCUAAGGGAUUUCCUGUGGAUGACGAUGAAGUGGAAGAAUGCCAGAUCCGAACAUACGGAGGCCCGGUGUCCAAGCAGGAUUUUCGGGAGCAGUUGCGAAAACUGUGUUUAUUAAGCACAUGGAAGAAACGGUUUCCCAUUUCGUUGUGGCUGCCCAGAUAUCAGCUGGCUGAUUUAUCUGCGGAUUUGGUAGCCGGCUUGACGGUUGGGUUAACCGUGGUGCCACAGUCGCUGGCGUAUGCCCAGAUUGCGGAUCUUCCUCUAGAGUAUGGGCUCUAUUCCGCUUUUAUGGGCCCCUUUUUGUACACUUUCUUUGGAACCUCCAAUGUUACUGUGGGACCCACCGCUCUGAUAUCAUUGCUGACCAGUGCAUUUGUACCACAUCGAGCCAUCCAGUCCUCUGCCACAUAUGCCGUCCUUCUUGCUUUUUACUGCGGAUGUUUUCAGUUAUUAAUGGGAUUUCUUCAUUUGGGUUUCCUCAUGAAUUUUGUUUCGACUCCCGUUAUGAGUGGAUUUACUACAGCCGCAUCCAUAAUCAUCAUACUGGGCCAAGUGAAGGGACUUUUGGGAAUUAAUUUCGGGAAGAGUCGGGAUAAUAUUGUGUGGAUUGUGAGAGGAUAUUCUAGGCAUAUUAUGGAAACCAGAGGAUGGGAUGUGUUGCUUGGGGCGUGCUGUAUCACAGCGAUUUUGUGCUUAAAAGCAUUGCAACCAAUGCUGAGAUGGGAUGUAUUCCGCAAUAAACAGGCUCCAUUAUUUUGGAAAAUUCUUCGUGAAGUUAUUAAAGUUUUGUGCUACGGCCGUUAUGCUCUGGUGGUGAUCAUUGCGACCGCCAUAGCUGCUGGCGUUACGGUGCAUAAUCCCGAUGCUUUGACCAUAACCAGCGACGUCCAUGGUGGUCUACCAGCAUUUUCCGUACCGGAUUUCGCACCGGACAAUAAAACUGUUAUCGAAGUCAUGGAUGGUUUUGGGGCAGGAAUGGUGUUGAUACCUAUCAUUGGGAUUUUUGAGUCUGUAGUAGUCGCGAAGGCCUUUAGUCAUAAAUUUGGCUACACCGUGGAUUCCACGCAGGAAAUGAUGACUUUAGGUCUCAUUAAUAUUGUUAGUUCCUUUAUUUCUUCCUAUCCAGUCACAGGAGCAUUCUCACGUUCGGCAUUGAAUGCUGAGUGUGGAGUGCGGACACCGCUGGGCGGAAUAUUUACCGGUGCGUUCGUUCUUCUGGCGAUGUCGGCGUUGAGUCCAGUGCUGCAUUUUAUCCCAAAAGCUGCUUUGUCCGCAGUUAUUAUUUGUGCCAUUUUUGUAAUGGUUGAUUUCCGCAUCUUUCGUGAUUUAUGGCAUGUCAAUCGGCUGGAGCUUAUACCACUGUGCUCUACACUGCUUCUGUGCCUGCUACUCGGAGUACAGUACGGUCUACCGUUAGGCAUUGGAAUUUCUAUAUUGAUGCUGGUAUAUCCUUUGGCUCGCCCACUAGUCACCGUGGAAUACAAACGCACGUACCGGCGCGACAAGGAUCCUCAAAAACCCAAACCAAAAUUUGACGUCAGCAUUACUCCGCACAGCGCCUUAUACUUUCCAUCGGCGGAGUUCUUUAAGGACAUCUUUGCCAAGGACCUGUUGAACCCAGCGGCCUUCCGUUAUGGGGUUUCUGUUGCCCCGGAUUUUUUGUACGCUGGCGCUGAUGAAGUGGACACCAUACUGGACGAGCGAUUGUCCAGCACUGACGAGAAACUGCCGCCCAUUGUUUUUAAUGGUAUUCAUUUGCUGACCACCGAUUAUUCUACGGUGCGUACUCUACGGAACAUUGUUCAGAGCUGUCGAACGGCAAAAAGAGAAAUGGUAUUUAUUAACACCAGCAACGAGUUUAUGAAGUUACUUCAGAGGGUGGAAGACGAAGUGCAAAUGGAACAGCUGACAGUAGUCAACGAAAGACCUGCACCCAAUUUAGCCGCUGAAGAUACUAGUAUUACGGUAAACGCCGGUAUUAGCCCUUCCUACUCCGCCGUGGAAUUUGCAGGAACUCUUCCAGAGAACGAAAUUGAUCGUCAUACUAACGCAUAAUCCUUUUUGUGCAACUACUUUCUCGCAGCUGGUUGAAUUUUGCUUUUUUAAGUUUUCAGUCGAUAAAGUUUUAAGUAUUUUAUAUCCCGUUGAUACAUUCCUGUGUGUCAUUAACUGUUUUUACUAGUUUUUAUUGGCAGCUGUUUUUUAUUUUAUAUCAUCCGUCCUUUUUUAUAUGAUCAGUACAACUGUAAUACAUAUUUCCGCUCGUCUGUUAGUCGAGUUCGACGAUAAGAAUACAAAUUCGGUUUACGGUGA